UUUGCUACGCGGACGUCUUUGCGCCUGUGCGUUGUGACCUUUCAGUGCAGCUGAAUGCUGCACAACAACGGAGGGCGUCUGAGUUGGGCUGUAUCUCAGCGGGAUUUAAAACUAUAAAACCCAUCGUAAAUGGGUUUAUCAUCAUAUCGGCGGAUACCUGUGUCACCCAAUUUUGGAUGGGUUAUUUUGUUGGUGUGUCACAGAGAAACCUUACAACACCCUAUCGACGCUGGAGGUUAGUCGGCUCCGUCAUCCAUUUCAUCCAUUUUAGCAGCCUAACGUCAAGCUAAAGAAGCUUGAUCUGCCUUUGUAAUGGCAGUCUUCAGUUACCAGGUGGUGUUUGGAGUCACAAGAUCAAGAGGAUCAUACUUGUUAUCCAAGAGGCACAACAGCUCCUUGUUAUCUUCCAAACGUUGUAUCCACAUAGACCCUCCCAGGCACUGCUUGUCAUUAGUCCCACUCAGACUUUCCCGCUAUGCUCACCCCCCGUGUUGCUGUGCACCUGCUCUUGGCCAAAGCUCCACCCUGCUUCCGCGGUCACUGCACAGCUCAGGAGUUUGGCUUCAAGAUAUUAAACAGGAUGGCACAAAAUCUUCUGUAGCCUCAGCCCAGGCUUUGUCAGAGGCAAAAAAGGACACUGCAGGCCCUGCACUCCAGUCCAAACCUCCAUCUGUUCCCAGUCCAGCAUCCACUAUCAUCACAACACCUAACCCCCCUCCAGUCCAAGAAAGGGCAGUUGUUAAAAAGUCGAUAUACCAGAGGAUUGUGGAUGAGUUGAAACAUUACUACAAUGGCUUCCGGUUACUUGGAAUAGACAUUAAGAUCUCAGGCAGGAUGGUAUGGCGGCUACUGCAUGGACAACUUCUCACUCGGAGGGAAAGAAGGAGGCUGAUGAGAACCUGUGCAGACUUGUUCCGUCUUGUGCCCUUCUCGUUGUUCAUCAUCGUGCCUUUCAUGGAGUUUCUUCUACCUGUCUUCCUCAAGCUCUUUCCAGAAAUGUUACCCUCCACCUUUGAGACGGAAUCCAAAAAGGAGGAGAAGCAGAAGAAGGGUCUGGCUGCUAAGCUAGAACUGGCCAAGUUUCUCCAAGAGACUAUUGUGGAAAUGGCUCAUAGAAAUAAGAGUAAAGCUGAGGAUGAGACACAGCAUUUCUCCACAUAUGUUCAGAAGGUUCGCGGCUCAGGUGAACAGCCCACCACGAAGGACAUUGUCAGGUUUUCUAAGCUGUUUGAGGAUGAGCUGACGCUGGAGCACUUGGAGCGCCCCCAGCUGGUGGCCCUGUGUAAGCUGCUGGAGCUGCAACCUAUCGGCACAAACAAUUUGCUGCGUUUUCAGUUGAUGAUGAAACUCAGGACCAUCAAGGCAGAUGAUGAGAUGAUAGCAGCAGAAGGCGUGGGAGCUAUGAGUGUGUCAGAAAUACAGGCAGCAUGUCACAGUCGAGGAAUGAGGUCUCUGGGACUCACCUCUGAACAGCUACAACAGCAGCUGCAACAGUGGCUGGAUCUACAUCUAAAGGAGAAUGUUCCUCCUUCUUUGAUGUUGCUCUCCAGAGCCAUGUACCUGACUGACCUCAAACCAAAACAGCCAGUGAUCCCUGCUGUUCCUAAAAUAGAGAAAUCUUUUACUUCAACACAGACGUCUGGAACAAACACAACUUCAGUCUCUGCUGAUAUGUCAGACCCUGCUGUAACUGUCAAAGACAGACCUGUAGAAGAAGUGAGAGAUGAGGCUCCUUUGCUGUCAGACAAACCUCUGUCUCCUGUUGAAGUCCUUCAGGUUAAACCUACAACUGAGGUGUCCCAGAAGAUGAGUGCCAAUGGUGCAUAAAGAGGGAGCAGGAAUCAAACGUAUACCAUGACACCACAGUGUGAUCUCAGGGAGCAGGGAUGACCAACAAGCAGUGGUCAGAUGAUGUACCAUUGUAGCCACCAGCUAAAGUAAAGUCUUCCCUCCACCUGUCUGUACAACUCCCAAAAGGGGAGGCCACUGGCUGCGUUCAUUGUUAUUGGCUGCUGUCAUUUUGCUGGCUGCAGAGCUCAUCUUGGUUUCAACCCAUCCAGGAGUCAUGGUUGCCGCCUGCUCCUGCCCGCACACCGAGAAUUCAUGUGUUGCCGCAUUAAAACCUGAGGAUGCUUCUGUUCCCUGAAACUGAAACUACUGCUUUAAAAUGUUUGCGCUUCAUUCUGUGGAUGUCUUCAGUUGACCUUCACAAACCAGCCUGACAUUUCACCAGAUAGAGAGAUUGCAGGCAGAUUGAGUUCUAACAUCUAGAAGGUGACACCCGAGCAUCCCACGGCACAUCCAGGUUUACAGUCUGCUUAAUGGUUCAUCCUUAACUCAAGACUUUGUUGUGCUCCUGUAAAUUUGUAAAUAUGUGAAAUAAUUUCAACACACAACAGUUUUGUAUUGUUUGAUAUACAGCUGGCUCAUCUCUUAACAUGUUUCAUUUUUGUUCUCUGCCUUUUACCCCUUUAAAUUAAUGGCCUGUUCAGUCUGUAUGUUGUCAGUUUUAAAAUUGCUUUAUUGGACUUUAGUUCAAUAUGUCUUCCCUUUAUCUUUUCCUCAAUAAGCUGGAUGCCACUCCUGCAAUGAGGUGCUGCAGCCAACACAGCAAAAUAUAAUUUUUACAGUUAAUUAGGCUAGCAUAUUUAAACAGAUCUUGAGAGUUAAUAGGACGCCAUAUUGCUGCUGUUGUCAAAAGUUAUUUGGGAGGCAGGUGAACUGUGUCACUCUGCCUCUAGUGGUAAGCCACUGAAUGCGUGAGCUGUAAAGUUUGCAGACCAUUUGAAUGAAGAGUGUAAACAUUAAAACUACGAUUCUAAUAUCUGAAAGAAAUACUUGACAUGUCCAUAGAGAGAUGUUAGCAACAACUUUUGAGUAUUUAAGCCACAAAAGAAGAAAAUCUGUAGUAUUGUGACUGAUGGUCUUGUCUGGCUUGUGUUUGUGUAUAGUAUACUUUCAUGUGUACAGUAUUUGUAUAAAAUUUCCUGAAGGCCGUAACAUGAGAGGUUUGCUGUGUUGUGUACUGUGUAAGCAGUGUGGGUUGUGUGACUGUGAUUUGACCUUUGACAUCAGCAUUCUGCAUUAGGUCUGAAGAUUUUCACACUGCCCUCCUGAUUUCAGUGGUUGCUUUCCCUCUGGAUGGAAAUUGUGGUUAUUGCCAAUUAUCCAUAAGUAGUUGUAAGAUGUCUGCACCAUAAUUGAAAGGAUAUUUUUGUAGCAAAAUAUUGUUAAGGAAAGUUUAUAUUUUUAAUUUACAUUUUGUACUUAAGGUUAAUGGGUGACUAAGGCAAUACCUUUUGUGUGUGUUAUGAAAAUGCAUUUCAUAUUGUGUUGGCCUGCUUUUCAAUAUGUAUACUAUCCUUUGCACCUUCUCUUUGUCAUGUUUUCUCCUUCCCAUCAGUCAAAAUCAGAUUGAAUUCAUUCUUGUUUGAUGGAUGCUAAUUUAACGCAAACUUAAAAAACAAAAUUAAACAAUUGGAAUAGUUGUUCUUAUGUCUUUAGAAACUAAUAUUAAAGUUUCUUCCACAUAGACUGCAAGGGUAAUUGUCAAACCUUCGUGUCUGUGGAGCAUUUUUGGGUCCAAACUUGAAUAUGAAUUUUUAAGACACUUGCUGAAAGUGUGCACAGUGUUACUCCUUUAAAUACAAUGAGCAGCUGCUUGUGUUACCUG